AUGGGCUCUCACUCCUCUACUCUCUUGCUUCUCUGCGUGGCGAAUCUAGUAGCAUAUGCCUCAGCUCUCCAAUACUUCCCAAAUCUAAGUACCAGGAAAGUCCCAGGCUUGUUUGUGCUAGGCGAUUCUACCGUGGACGCUGGCAACAAUUUAUAUAUCUCAAACCCCAUCGUCGAGGUCUCGGUGCCACCCUAUGGUGACACUUACUUUGGCCACCCCACGGGGCGAUACACUAAUGGAAGAACACUCCCAGAUUUCUUGGCUACUUCACUUGGAUUGCGUUUUCCAGAUCCUUAUCUCAAGCCCGAUAAAUGGAUCGCCCAAGGGGGAUUGAUGAGCUUGAACACUCAGCUAGCGCAGUUCCAUAAUCUCACGUUGGCCAGGCCAAACCCAGAGUUUUACAAAGAAUCGGUGUUUAUCUUCUCUAUGGGGGCGAAUGAUAUCAUGGGGAAUUACCUCGCGGAUUCUACCUUGCAAACGCAAGUUACCCCGCAAGAAUUUAUCGGUAGAAUGCUGGGAGCUUAUAUCUCUGCGAUCAAGCCCGCUAACGAUCUUGCUUUGGCCUUUAACGAGGGACUUGCACAAACAGUGAAGUCACUGAGCGAAGAACUCAAGGACACGAAGAUCGUUCUUGCCAAAACAUAUGAUCUGACCAUGAGCGCCAUCAAAUUCCCACAGGCAUUUGGCUACGAAGAUGUGAAGAGUGCUUGUUGCGGAGCCGGACCCUUCAAUGCAGCAGUUUUCUGUGGGGAUUCUUAUUUAAAAAACGAUGCCAGAACCAAGCAAUUCCAACCUUAUUUGUGCCCCACGCCCUCCAAGUCUAUGUUUUGGGAUUCUAUACAUCCAACUGAGAAGUCAUACUGGCUCUACUUUCGGUAUAUGUGGUAUGGGGAUGACAACGUUGUGGAGCCAUAUAACCUGGCUAAACUGUUUGAGGGCGCUUAUAUCCCACAGCCUCCAUUGCCAAUCCACUCGUCAUGUUUAGUUUAG